AUAAAUUAAUUGAAUAUAUUAGAGGCUUAGAUGACAUUACAUAUCAGACCCCAGAAAUUGUUGUGCAACAGCGGGUUAGGUUGUACUUGCUAUGGCUUUAUGGCGGCACGAUAUUUCCGGAUAAGUCCGGUGACUUACUUAAUUUAGACUAUUUGCUUGACAUGCGUGACCUUAGAGCAAUGAGUAGACAAGCUUGGGGAGCGGCUGCAUUGUCAUAUUUGUAUACUUGUUUAUGCCGCGCUUCGUUGAAGAAAGCCAAGGAUGUGUGUGGAUUCAUUUCCUUAUUGCAGGUUUGGGCUUGGGAGCGAAUUAUACCGAUGCAGCCAUCACCCAGGGCCCUUCAUCCACACACAGCUCUUGCAAGAAAGUGGACUCAUCGUAAAGCUCGCGAAAAUGAGGCACGUGUUGUGCUACCCAUAUGUAGGGAUGUAUUGGACAACCUAACAGAUGGUCAGUUUGUGUGGCAGCCUUAUUUAGAGGCCAUCAUUAAUGGACUCCCUGAGUGGUGUCGGCGUGGUCGAGUUAAUUGGAUGGCGUAGGUUCCCCUUAUUUGUGGGAUCUAUCGAGAGUGGCACAUGGUAGACCGCGUUCUCAGACAGUUCGGUAGGAAGCAACAUAUUCCGGGACCAUGUGCUGAGAUUGAUCCUUCUCAUUACAAACGUGACAAGCGGUAUGCUAUAACAGUGGAGGAUCAACAAAAUUUUACACAAACGGACUUUUUGUGGGAAAAUCGUCGACAAAGGGUAAUUCUGGCAGAGUAUGAAACUCAAGACCCAGAGUCAUUAUCAGAGUAUUUUUGUUGGUAUCGA